UGGAAAUCCUUGCAAAUAGAAACUUUCUGCACGGAUGAAUGGUCUCGAUAUUGAGCCGUGAAUUAGCCCCAAUUUUGAUGCCAUAGCGUAACAGCAUGGCUUUAAAAGAAUGAUAAAAAGACACUUGGCGUUUCUCAGAAACAAGUCACUCGCAGCAACCAGAACUUCAUUUGCGCAGUUUGAGGGGAAAGCCGUUUGUGCGUACAAUUGUUCUCUGUUGUCAACCAUUAUGAGUCGCCAAGGUCCCGCCAACAAGAUCCGCGUGCAGCUCGGUUAUGAGGAACAGCACGGCACAUUUGCAGCCAACGAUCAAUCCAAAAUCACCACUCUUCGUUGUGUUUUCUGUAAUCAGGAUAAGCAACUGGAUGCCUUUUCCAAGACUCAAGUCACGAAAGCCACUUUCAACCCUAUAACAAAAAGCAGAAGCAAGUUACGUGUAAAAAGUGUACGCAAACCCAAAGCAAGACGCUCACUUGCAUGACCUGCACCAAGACUAUGCCACUUGAACGUUUUGCAAAGGUAAAUAUGUGACAGU